ACUCGAUGUGGACAAUGUGGCGCCGCUCAGCCCGGCUGGGGACCCUGCACUGCGCCGGGGCGCUGGCAACCGAGCCGAGGGGCGGAGCGGCGCGUGCGCACAAGGGCGCCGCGCGAAAUUGGAACUCAGCAGGCCGGGCUGUCAGCCUGGGAGACCGCCAGGGCAUGGGCGCCGCGACUGGCCUGGCGCUGCGGCUUCGGGAGGCGUUGCGGGAGGAGGAGUUGCGGACCGUGGAGGAGCUGCUGCGCCGCGGUGCGGACCCCAACCUGGUCCUCGAGGAUGGCGCGGCCGCUAUGCACCUGGCGGCCAGAGCACAGCACCCGCGGGGUCUGUGUUGCCUCGAGGCCCUGCUGCGCCGAGGCGGGGACCCCAAUGCUCGAUCAGCCGAGGCGCUAACGCCGCUGCACGUGGCCGCUGCCUGGGGCUGUCGCCGUGGUCUGGAGCUGCUGCUGAGCCAGGGAGCGGACCCCACACUGCGGGACCUGGACGGACUCCGGCCUGUGGACCUGGCCAAGCAGCAGGGGCAUCAGAACUGUGUGCGCCUCCUGCGGGAGCUGGAGACCCAGAUCAGGACCCCGACCAGGACACAGGCAGACACCCAGGGGCCAGAACCUGAGCCUGGAGGCCCAGGACCUUGGGGAAAGGGACUGGAUGCCAGCACCUUUGGACCUCCCAAUGUGACACUGGACUCCACAGCACUGGGCAGAGGUGGUGGCAAGGACAUGAGCCUGCAGGCUGGCCCUCGACCCAGCAGCUUCCUUGACCACCCUGACACAGAUCGCAGCUUGGAGUCCCCCAUAGGGCACCGGGACUGCAGCUCAGUUGCCUCCUUCAUCACCGCAGUUGAGGCCUCUGAAGCUGAGGACCCAGCCCCCAACACCUCCUCCUCAGCUGGUGUCCAACGCUCCCAGAGGGUGCCAAGAUCUUUGGGUACCCCACAGCUGGCAUAUCGAGCCCUCAUGGAGCGCAAGGAAGAAGAACUAAAUGCCCAUCUACAGGCUCUGACUCUGACCUUGCCAGAUGCCUCCCCCCCUCCCAAGUUCUUCCCAGACAGGAGCCCAGUCCCUAAUUCCCCUUUGGAACCAAUGUCUGGACUCUCCGACUUACAGUUCCAAAAAGAUGACCAGUUGUCCCUCGAAAGUGAUGAUGUGGCUGCCCUAUGGCUGACAGAGGAUGAGGCAAGCUCUACAGGAGGCAAGGACUCUGUCCCCUCUUGCCGGUGCCCACCAGACCCCACCAUAUCUGACCUGGAGCUGCUGCGAGGGCUCUGGGCACUUGGCGAGAGCCCCGGCCCCAUCACAUCCUUCACCAGACCAUUCUACCUCCGGCAGCUGAAACAAGCCCAGGCUGCUCCUGGCCCAGAAUUUUCAGGGCACAGCCCAGAGCUGGCUGAAGCCCUGUGGACGGGCCGUUUCCCAGAUGCCCAGGCAGAUGAGGACGCACUUGCCCAGCAGUUUGAGCGGCCAGAUCCCACCAAAAGGUGGCGGGAGGGGGUUGCGAAGUCCAGCUUCACAUAUCUGCUGCUGGAUCCCAGGGAGACUCAAGACCUGCCAGCCCGAGCCUUCUCACUCACCAUGGCUGAAUGCCUUCGGAUUUUUGUUCAUGCCAUCUUCUACGUGGGCAAAGGAACACGGGCCCGGCCAGAUGUCCACCUCUGGAAGGCCCUUAGCCACCGAGGGCAGCUAGGAAAACAGGCCUGCCCUAAAGUGCGCCGCAUCUUGGACAUUUGGGCCAGUGGUCGUGGCAUUGUCUCCCUGCAGUGCUUCCAGCAUGUGGUUGCCGUGGAGGCUUACACUCGAGAAGCAUGUCUUGUGGAUGCUUUAGGGAUCCGGACCCUGACCAACCAGAAGCAAGGACACUACUACGGAGUAGUGGCUGACUGGCCACCCACCCGGCGCCGCCGCUUGGGGGUGCAUCUGCUGCACCGUGCCCUCCUUGUCUUCCUGGCUGAGGGUGAGCGAGAGCUACGGCCCCAGGACAUCCAGGCCCGUGGCCGAGCACUGGGGAAUUGGCCAUCCAGCCUUGGUAGAGAUCAGGGUGUCUGAAUGUUCCAGCUACCCUGUACUGAGAGCAGCCCAUCUCCUGCUGCAGAAGAGAUGUCCAGAACACCAGGCCAGAUGUCCCCCGGAACAGAGGAAAGAUUUUAUUACAUAUUGGAACUGCUGGAGAGGUAGUGACCUCCCUGUCAUGGGAUGAGAAUAAGGGUAUGUGGGGGGAGAAACAUACAUUUGGAACAUUCUGGUGCUUUGAAACAUGCCAGUGCUUUGGCAGUUUGAUUCUAUCUGGGCUUAUCUCCCAGACACAGGGGACCCAGAAUGUAGGCUGGCCUGAGGGCUUCCCCAGCCACCCAGCUCAAGAAGGGACUCUGCCCAGCUCAAGAGUCAGGCUUGGAGUUCCUGUUGUGGCACAGAGGGUUAAGACCACAGCAUAGUGU